AAACAUGAUUAUGCACGUUAAUGAGAUGGUGUAAAAUGUGUUUUGCUUUUCCAGUAUUGCGACAUCUUCUAUAAAGGCCCCUGCAAAAAUUAAUUCGCUGGUUAUAGCAGUUCGAACGUCGAGCCGGAAAAACAAUAGUCUUUAGACGGUUUUUUUUUAAUUUAAGCAAACUUGUCCGGUUUCACGAAAAGUUUAAUCAGGCUCUACACUCCAUUGUAGGUUAUUUGCAGUGACGACAUCCGAGACCCGACUACCUUCAAGAACUUUUUCGCAGCAACCAGCUUUUCGCUUCCCGCAUUUUCUUUUCCCGCGUAAAAGUUUCUCGAAGACCCGCCUAAACUUUCAAUGGCACUUUCAACACUCCGUUCCGCUGCAUCACGCUUAACCCUCUCAUCCUCGCUCCGAAGUGUGUUACCGCGUGCACAGGUGACCACAUCGGCGGCAGUUGUCACGAACACGCCGUUACAGCAGCCUCGGUGGAAAUGCACGGACUGUGGAAAGAACUGCGGGCUUUGCAAUAAAGUAUCCACCUUCAAGCCGGUCGUCAGACACGCCCAUGCACAGCCGAAGACCGCCAUCACGACCGCCGAUGAGAUAGCCACCAUAGUGCGCAACCCCGACAAGGAUUGGUUCGAGAUAAUGUGGAAAGAUGGCUUCAAAGGAAAGUACCCUUACGUGUGGCUACGGGACAAUUGCCGCUGCCCGGAUUGCUACUACCCGAGUUGCCACCAAAGGUCAGUGCUGAUGUACAACAUGGAUCCCAAUGUCAAGCCGGUGACUGAAGAACUUAAGGAUGGCGGAAGAGUCUUUGAGGUCAAGUGGACGGACGAUCACGUGAGCCCUUUCCCCGCAGAAUGGCUAAAGAUGCAUCGAUUCGACAAGACCGACUUUGACCUUGUCCGGAAGAUCAAGAAAGUGUCCUGGGGGUCAGAGUUCACCGACAAGAUUCCUUCCUUUGACUACAAGGACGUCAUCAACGAAGACCAGGCCCUGUAUGAAUGGAUGGAGAGCUUGGUCAAGUGGGGUCUGGUCCUGGUUAGGAACGCUCCACACGAUGACAUGAAUGUCCAGAACAUCUGCGACAGGGUUGGCUACGAGCGUUUCACCUGUUACGGAUCGGACUUCAGAGUGGAGAACAUCUUUGAAUCAAGUAGUCUGGGAUUCACCACCGCUGCUCUUGGGCUUCAUCUGGACUUGCCCUACUAUGAUUACCGCCCCGGAGUACAAUUCCUGCACUGCUUGCGCCAGUGCGAGGUAAAAGGCGGCGAAAGUCAGUUCGUUGAUGCCAAACGAGUUGCAGAGACGCUCAAGGCGGAGGAACCGGAGUGGUACGAGUACAUGACCAAGGUCAAACUUGACUUCCGGCUCCUUGGGAUCGACUAUAUCGACUCGCAUCUUCAGCAUGCAAGGAACUUGAUAGAACUUGAUGAGAAUGGCGACUUCAGUACUCUGGCCUACAAUGACCAAACUCGAUCACCUUACAUGAAUGUCCCCGUGGAAGAAGUAAGCAAGAUCUACAAAGCUUUGAAGAAGUUCAACGACUUCCUCUACAGAAAGGAAAACUUCAUCGACUACAAACUCCAGCCAGGUGAAAUCGUCGCCUUCGACAACAACCGCGUGAUGCACGGACGCAGCGCGUACACUGUCAAGUUCGUCGACGGCGAGGACCAUUCCAGACUUCUGAUUGGUGGAUUCCUAGACUGGGAUGAAAUCCAUUCACGCAUGCGCCUUGUCGACGAGCGCAUGCACGGCACACCGAGGCUGUGAAGCUGUUGAUCAUACCGAUUUAGAAGUUUGAGAAGAAGUAUUAACUUCUGUCGACAAAAUAUGAAUAUAUUUCUCCGUUCUUUCCUUUCAUGCAUGGAAAUCUUAAUCCUGAAAUUACCUUUUCUAUGUUUCGAAUACUGACACUCACUUUGUAUAUACAACCCUUGCUGACUCGUACAAUUAGACUUACUGCCGAAAGCAUGUAACUAAUGUAUACAUUAAAUUAAAUCAAUCCAAAUUUUGUUAGCCACUUUCUGAGUCUUUUCAAAUCCUUGAAUACAUUGUGCAACACUUGCUGACUCGUACAAUAUUAGGCUUACUGCCGAAAGCAUAAAUUCAAAUUAGAUUAAAAUCAACCAAGAUUCUGUAGCCACAAUCUUGAAGCAUUUAUUGUUGAUAUUGUGUACAUUUAUUAAAGCUGAUAUCGUUUCAAAUACAAAAAGUUGCGUAAAUAAACUGUACAUACAUAUAUUUUUCUUUUUAAUGUAAAUAUGUUUAAUCAUGUUCGGUAUAUAAAUUUAUUUACAUUCAAUUACUAUCAAUAAGAUUAAUCAUAGGAAUGAAUGUAGCUAUGUCAAAUAUCAUUGUGUUUAGAUUAAAUUGGCACGCUUGAAUUUCAGUCAAUAUUGAAUUAACAUCAAUGUUAUAUGAUAUUUACAUAGGUAUGUAUAAACAGUAUCAGGAUAGUACGUUCUGUUAUCAUGUAUACCAUACCUUAUCGUUCAUUAAUUUCUCAUUGGUGAGGGGGAGGGGUGGUUCUGUUGGAAUUUAUAAUCCCAUCAUGGAAAUGGCACAUAUGAGUAUAGGCCUAUAUUAUGCCCUUCAUUUUUUUUUUAUUCUUCGUUCGCCCUACAGCUAUCCAAAAAUAAAUCUAUCCUGAAUUAACCAAACAAUAAGAUCUAGACCAAGUCUGUGCCAUGGGGGAAUAUUGCCGCGGGGGAAGGCAUCCACCGUCACCUAGGGGUUUUUUGUGUUUGUGAUUAAAAAUGGCGUAAAUUGUAAGAUAGGUGGAACCCCAACCCCCCCCCCCCCCAAAAAAAAAAAAAAUAAUAAUAAUAAUAAUAAUAAUAAUAAUAAUAAUAAUGAUAAUAAUAAUAAUAAAAUAAAUAAAAUUUUAAAAAAUAAAAAUUUAAAAAAUUAAACGAGAAAAUAAAACAAAUAGAAACCAUUUUGACACCUGGCACCCCCUCUCUCUCAAAAUACUCUGAUCCAGUCUAGAUCAAAUCUCACCCAAGCUGAUCCGCCCCACAUUUUGACAGGAAGAUCAUGAAUGCAAGGAAGAAAUUAUCCAAUGUGCUUCGAAACAUUUGACCUUAACAGGAAGUAACGGAAAUUAUAUAUCUCCUUAAUCUAAAAACAGUAAUUUAAUAACGUCGAAUAGAGUUCAUCUGCGCCGGGGAAUCCCAAACAUUGUUUAAGUUUUAAACUCAAAUGCUCAAUGCAUGGUUUAUUGUUGUCAUAAUUCAAUCAGUUACUGUCAAAUCAUCAUUCAGUCAACUGUCAAAUAAUAGGUCAAAGUUAAAUUAUUUACAUAUUCCACAUCGGAGAGAAGGUAAAUAUUUUUUUCUUAUUCCUUAAUCAUGUAAACACACUGCAGAUCUGUAGAAAAAAAUAUAGAAUGUGAUUAUUAUUCGAAAAGUAUUGUGUUUAUGCCUCAAUACAAACAAUUAUUUGUCAAGCUAUUUUGUUAUUUUUUAUUUUUUUGUAUUCACAAAUAUUUGGUGUAUGGUCUUUCUAAAUGUUGUAAAACCUAAAAAGAGAAUACAAUUGUGUUUAAUGAAAACUUAGCCACAUUCUUGGAACGAAUAGAAGUUUCAUUUUCGUGAUAGACCUAUUCAAUUGCGCAUUGCCUUAAUAAUAACGUACUAGCAAGUUUUAUAUUUAUUUGUGUGUGUAUUGGGAUGUGAAAACUCCUUAAUUUCUACUUCAAUUUAUUUUACCAUGAAAAUAUUACGUCAUCAUGUUCAAAACUACAUAUCAACAAUGUGCUACUGUUAUUAUUUAUGAAUUGCAUGCCUGUAAAUAAAAUAAAUGCAAAACGA